UAGUAGUUAGCUAACGGUACAGUCACAACAAAGGCUUGUAACGCACUUCUCUCUCUCACCAAAUGAUGACACAUUUCCAAACGUCUACGUAAUCCAGGUCGUGUGACGGCUUACUUUAAACGUGCAGACAGUCCGCGACCCGGGGACACUUUGUUCCUUCAUUUCAACCACUUUGCUAACGUUAUUGCAGGCUACCGACUUAGCCAAAAACAGCUAAUGUUACACUAAGUUGAGCUGGAUAGAAUCACAGCAGGACUGAGCCAAAGGCGGCUUUAAUGUGCUUUCAGACCGCUGGCAAAGUGGAAUAGUGUCUGUACACAAAGGACAAUGCCACGCUUGCAGUCCGGUGUUUGGAAGCAUUUCACCCCGGCUAUUAAAGAUGGAAGGGAGACCUUCAUGUGCAACUACUGCUCAAAGACAUACACGAAGAACGCUACCAAGAUGCAGAUACAUUUAGACAAAUGCAAGGAGUACUCGGUGGUUUCGCAGCAGUCACCGGGCCCAGAUGGAAGCUCUUCUGCCUCCAUUCCUGUUCCUUCCUUCUCGUUCUUACCAUCUGCCACUCCUGGGGGACAGUUCCUCAUUGAUUCAGUGGAUCAGCGCAGCCAGGCGUUUGCUGAUGAGUGCCUUGCAAGAGCUUUGUAUGCCACGUCUUCACCCCUCACUCUCGCAGACAAUAUUUACUGGAAGCGAUUUUUCAGCGUGCUCCGGCCUGCUUACUGUCCACCCACGAGAGAGGCUUUGUCCUCUCAUCUGUUGGACUGUGAGUAUGACAGGGUACAAAGCCAGGUUCAUGAGGCCAUAGGGAAAGCAGACUGUGUCACCAUCGUGUGCAGAGGCUGGUCAAACAUAAAAGACACCGGAACUAUCAUUUAUGUUGUUGCAACUCCUGUGCCAAUGUUCUACAAAUGCACAAAGACAAAGGAGAGGACGCACACAAGCACGUUUAUUGCCGAGGAGCUGAAAGAAGUUAUAAAUGAAGUGGGGCCACAAAAGGUCUUCAGUGUCGUCACCGAUGACGCCCCGGAAAUGAUGGCAGCUUGGGCUCAAGUAGAGGAAGCCUUCCCGCACAUAUCAGCUAUCGGCUGCACGGCGCGCGGCGUCCGGCAGCUCUUCGACGACGUCGUCGCGCAGCCAUCUAUGAAGGCUCUGUGCAGGAGAGCUGAGCAGGUGGCGAGGUGUGUUAGAGAGCAGAAAAUACUAGCGGAGACCUUUGGAUGCUGGCAGACUACAAAGACAAGAAACCACACUGCUAACGGGACAACACUGGCGCUGCCUAUUAGCUCUGACUGGACUGGUGUGGUUAACAUGAUCAGCAGCCUCCUGGAGGGCCGGAACUCUCUACAAGACAUGGCCGUCUCACCCACACUGGAUAUCGAGGCAUCCGUCAGGGCCACGGUACAGGAUGCAGCGUUUUGGAAGGAGUUAAGCAGCAGUCAAAACCUGCUCUGCUUGAUUGGGAAUUACAUUGAUUACAUGAAAAGAGACGACACUGCGCUCUCUGGUGUCGUCGACAUGUUCAGUCAGUUAAGAUACCACAUCGGAGCUACGCUGUCCGGGUCUGUGCUGCACUGCGCCGAACAGAAAGCUGUCAUGGCGUCAUUAGACAGGUGUCAGGAGUUUUGCGUGAAGCCCAUCCACGCAGCUGCGUACAUGCUGGACCCGAAGCACGUCGGACAGCAAACGCUGUCCGGGGAGCAGAUAAACAGUGCGUACUACGUGAUAUCCAACCUGUCACAUCACCUCCAUCUCGAUGAGGGUAAAGUGCUCGGCAGCUUUGCCAGAUUCUCGGCCAAGCAGGGUCUGUGGAAGGGGGCCGGGAUAUGGAGCUCGUGCCAGCACGUGUCCGCGUCCACCUGGUGGAAAGGGCUGUGUUCCUCUGAGCCGCUGUCCGCUGUAGCUUCUGCUAUACUCCAGAUCCCACCAACAACAUGUGCUUGCGAGCGCAUCCAGUCGCGCUUUGGCAAUACAAAGGUGCAAGGCUCUCUCUCGGCUGACAGGGUGGAAAAGCUGGUAGCUGUACAGAUGAAUCUGAACCUUUUAGAACCAAGUGACUGUGAGUAUGCUCCACUGGAGAGCGAGGAAGAGAGGAAAGUAUCAUUUCAGUCCGAGACUCAGUAGGAAGAUGAAGUAAAAUGAGAUAUCUGAAGCUAUGUUGAGUAGACCACAAGGAUUGUGCAGGAAAUUGAAAGAAAUACAAAAUACAGACAGCUUAUUAGAUUAAAUGUAAAUUCCCCUGAAAUGUAUGAGUGAGUCUGAGUCUCAGCUAUGAUUGCACUGCGCUCACAUUCCUCUCUUCACUUCAAGGCCUGUGGAAAACGCACAAGGAGCGACUGAAUCUGAAUCAAAUUCACAUGUUUUACUCAUAUACGACGCAUACUCAUUUUGUAGGUUUUUUUAUUACAGUUUCCAAUAGUACCGUAUGUAUCAACUUUAUAAUCGCCAUAUGAAAUAUUAACAGAUUAACAAGAGGUCUAAUCUUCUCUGUUUAAAGUGUUUACAUGGUGUAAAUAAAUCCACUGUAUUUAUUGAAGAUAAA